CAGUACAGUAGGUGGCGUUGUAUGCACCUUAAACGUCGAAUGCAAUCUGUCAACCCAAAGAAGAAGAAGAAGACUUUCCAAUGUAAACAAACCGUAGGCUAAUCGUGAGCAUGGCGAGAAAUAUGGACAGUCUCGUAAAGGCCCAUGGAGGCGGAGGGUAUGACUCCGACUUCAGUGAUGACGAGGGCCAGGGGGAGACGUCUCAACGUGGAGUGAAAAGGAAACGUGAGGAUGAUCUUCUGCGGAAGCCCUUUCAGAAAGGAAGACACACAAAGGUGGCACAUAGGGAUGUUGCCACUCAUGAAUAUGACAGGGAGGAAGCCAGAAACCGACGUCAUCACCUGAUAUCAAUGAAUGCUUUUGAGAGACAUAAAAAGUUUGUCAGUGACUACAUAUUGUAUUAUGGUGGGAAAGUGGAGGAUCUCAGACGCUCCACGGCCAAUGAUAAAUCUGACCUGGAUGUGGUGCGUGAAAACCAUCGCUUCCUGUGGCGGGAUGAGGAUGAAGAAGAAAUGACAUGGGAGAAAGAACUAGCAAAGAAGUACUAUGACAAGCUCUUCAAAGAGUACUGUAUCGCUGACCUAAGCAGAUAUAAAGAAAACAAGUUUGGGUUCCGAUGGCGCGUAGAAAAGGAAGUCGUCUCUGGCAAAGGCCAGUUUCUGUGUGGGAACAAGCGCUGUGAGAAGGAGGAUGGCCUGAAGAGCUGGGAGGUGAACUUUGCCUAUGUGGAGCAGGGAGAGAAGAGAAACGCACUGGUCAAACUCCGACUCUGCCCCGAGUGCUCCUUCAAACUCAACUAUCAUCACAAGAGAAAGGAGGUGAUCGCCAAGAGAAAAAGACCAAAGUCGUCUGAGGAAAAUGAAGUUGAGCCACAGUCAAAAAGAUCCAAGAAAGGCUCCAAGAAACACAAAAACAAACAUAAAAGGAAGCACAAAGACCACUCCUCCCCCAGUAACUCUGAGGACGACUCCCAAGAGUCAGACAAAGCAGAGGGAGAACACAGUGAGGAGCCAGAUAGCCUGUCGGAGGCAGACCACUGGAAAGGCCCAGCCCCCACCAUGGAGGAGAAGUCCAGGGAGGAGAAGUUUGACGAGUACUUUGAGGACAUGUUUCUUUGACCACCUUGACCUUGGAUUUCUGCCAGCAAGAGUCUGUGUGUCCAGACAUUGAUGUUAUUGAUUUGGUUUUAGAAGUUGUCCUCGUUGAAUAUUUGAGUUUAUCGGAAGCUAAAUAAAAUCUCAUUUUUUAUUUAUUUUUUACAACUGAAAUAAAGACUACAAUAUGCAUAGAGUGCCAUGUAAAACCACGAAGAACUGCCAAGAAAGAUCAAUAUCAGAAGAAAACUAGAGGAAGCAAAACAUUCAACCAUGGUAGUAGAGACACCAAAUAAAACCCAAUGCAUUGGAAAGUGCAUGUAUUAACACAUCGUUAAUGUUCUUCCUGUAGGGUUAUCGUUGACCAAUGUUCUGUCUAUAGGGUUAUAGAUGUCCAAACCAAUGUUCGAUGCUGUAGCGCUACAAUUUGGAAGCUGUGAAUUAUGCCUGAAGUGGCCCGUGUGCUCUUUUCGUCAGGAAAUUCAGAUGCGUGUCCAUUGCCCGGAGAUUAGACACAAUGGCUUUAAUCUUCAGUAAUUACUCUCUCUUCUUUCUAAAGGAGUCCACAGAUACAGUGAGUUAACCUGCAUGAACGGUUAUCAUGCGUUAAAGAGGAAGUCGACCAUCGUACAUAUUCUACUUUGAUCGGUGUUUCUCUGUGCUAAUAAAUGUGCCCUAUUACCCAAUUAAAGAGUUUGGAUGUCAUAUUACAAUACUGUAGGCAUAUGUUGUCACGGAGAUAAGAUUGCAUUUGAUUGAAUAACCUUUUGCUCUGAAUUGUCCUUGAUUGAAAAAUGUACACUGUCUUACAUACUAUAUGUGUCAUAUAGUUAAUGCAGUGUACUGUUUAAAAAUAAAGUGCUCUAUAACGGCUGUA